UAAAAAGGGUCCAGUCCCUUAUCAGUGUAAGGUAAUGAUUAUUAACAAUACUUUGAACACUCGCCACGUGUGCUAGUUUUAGGGCAGAUUUAGAAGUUCCUUUUGCAAAAAAUGAUCACAACAUUAACUUGGCUUUUAACCCAAUUAGUUGGUUACUGUCUUGCGCAAUACACGGAUCCGCACUGUGGUGGAAAGCAGGUGAUCGUUCACCUAUUCGAGUGGAAAUGGACAGACAUAGCACUGGAAUGCGAGCGCUUCCUUUCGAAGAAAGGUUUCUGCGGCGUUCAAGUGUCGCCUGCUAACGAGCACGUGAUGGUGACGUCACCGCCCCGUCCCUGGUGGGAACGCUAUCAGCCGGUGAGUUACAAGCUGCAGAGCCGCAGUGGAACUGAGGCGGAGUUUGCCGACAUGGUCAGCAGGUGCAAGGCUGUUGGAGUCAGAAUAUAUGUGGACGUGAUAUUGAACCACAUGGCUGGACUUGGCAGAAAUGGAACUGGGACAGCCGGAAGUACCUUCAACUCCGAUCUCUUCGAUUUUCCAGGCGUUCCUUACAUCAAGGAACAUUUUAACGAAGUGUGUCCUCUCAAUUCUUACAACGACGCGCACACAAUAAAAGACUGUUACUUGGUCGGGCUGACGGACUUGGAUCAAAACAUUUCUUAUGUCCGAGACAAAAUCGCCGCCUUUCUUAACACUCUUAUAGACUAUGGCGUAGCUGGUUUUCGAGUCGAUGCCGCUAAGCAUAUGUGGACUAAAGACAUAGCAGCUAUCCAGCAGAAUGUAAAAGAUUUGCCCGAAGGAGGACGGCCAUUUUUCUAUCACGAGGUUAUUGACCAAAGCAACGGCCCAGUUACAACGCAGCAGUAUACGUCGCUUGGUUACGUCACGGAGUUCCGAUAUUGUCAGAAAAUCAAAGAAGGAAUCGAAGGAUUCGACCGGCUUGGCGGCGUUGUUGACUACGGCUGGGGAAUGACAGAUUCUGAUCACGCAUUUGUGUUCGUUGAUAACCAUGACAACCAAAGAGGUCACGGCGGUGGUGGUGCAAUCAUCACCUUUGAGAAACCAAUCAAUUACAGAUUGGCCGUCGCAUUUACGUUAGCUAAUGAUUAUGGGUUUACGCGGGUAAUGAGUAGCUACUACUUUGGGGAAAACAGCGACUUGGGACCACCUCAUGAUAUCAAUUUCUUAACCAAAGAUGUCCCAUUUAACGCAGAUGAAUCAUGCGGCAACGAAUGGGUUUGCGAGCAUCGCUGGGCAUCAAUCGCAAACAUGGUGGCUUUUCGAAAUGCUGUAGUAGGGACACAAAAACAAAAUUAUUUUAAUAAGAACAACCAGAUAGCGUUUUCUCGUGGCAACAAGGGCUUCUUCGCUAUGUCGAGGUCGGGUCACAUGGACGAAACGCUGCAAACUGGUCUGCCGGCUGGCCAAUACAGGGAUCUUAUAAACGGCCGAAUGGUAACUGUGGGUUCGGAUGGCACGGCUCGCAUUCAGAUCGAUAACCCCCAAGAACCAGUGCUUGCCAUAAUUAUAGGUUCGGAUUCCCCCGCGUUGUCAACAUCGAUACCCGCCACUGCACAAAGUGUCUCCACAGUGGCAGGCGUCUCGGUGUCAUCACCAACUGAAGAAACAACGACUCCCGGCAAUGACGUUACGACCUCUGUCGAUGCAGGCACGACACCAGAUGGUGCAACCACUACAUCUGGGAUAGAAUCAAACGUGACAACCAUGUCGCCUACAGGAAGUACGUCAGGACCAUCAAUGUCACGAACCGUAAUCCUUAUGGAAAAGCAGACCAGGGCUGGGGAGGAUCUGUUCAUUCGAGGUGGAUUGGACGUGGACACACACCCAGGGUGCAUGUCAGACGCGUCGGCAUGUUCGAUCCCUAUCAGUGACCGCCCUAUCGGCAAUGGACCUCACUAUGGUCAAUACAACGCUUGGCGGGUGGGAGACCACUUCCUGGACUGGAGCGGAGCCGAGCCGGGUCAGGGCACUGUGAACGGCAUCAUGGCUCAGGGUACACCGGCUGUGUGGACAACUAAUAAUCCAAAUCAUCCAGGUCACAGCCAGUUUAACGAAUAUGGAGACCACUACUGGUUGGUUGAUAUAGACAUGGACUGCAGUAGAACGCAGGGCGGAUGGUUCGAGUUCAAAGCCGUUCUAAACGGACAGUGGGAGCAUGACAUCUACAGCGAUGCUUGCACCGGAAGCGGCGCCGGAUCCACGCCUGCGCAGACGCAAAAUCACUGGGCCAAGUGCGGAAUGCUGAACAUUUAUCACUUUGGGGCAAAUACUUGCGAAAUAGAAAAUUUAAGUUAAAAUAAAUUUGAAAUUAAUAAAAAGUUAUAUGUC